UUUUGGUUGGAAGAUCCAUACAUAAAUAUAAGGACGAUUGACCAUUUUUUUUUCCAUUCAUUCGAACAACCAAAACAAACUGAAUUUUUUUUGAAACAAACAAAUGUUGAAUCUGAAUGAAUAAAGUGUUUGAUUUAAUUGAAACACAAAAAUGAAUUUGGAAAAAGAAUCUUCAACCGAUUCCAAUCGUCGUUUACUUUCGUUGGUAACACGUUUAUGUUCAACAUUGGUUCCAAAUGAAUCAGAUAAUUUUGAUAAAAUUUGUCAUUAUUCGUUGGAUUUGAUUAGUAAGAAAAAAAUUUCAAUCGAAGAUUGUGAAGAACAAUAUAUUCUUUCAAAAAUUCGUCAUUCUUUUUUGAAAAAAUUAUCAAUCGAAGAUUUGAAUCGUUUUGAAGAUUUAUAUCUACAUUUGAAAUCAACAUUACCAAAAUCAUUCAACAUUCGUGAAUUAUUAUAUUGUUUAUUUUUGUUGUCAAAUUCCACUUCCAUUGAUAAUGCUACAAUAUUCUCAAUUUCAAAUUCGAUCGAAACUAUGAAAAUUGCUAAAAAUGAUUUGGAUCUAGAAUAUAGGCAUUCUCAUCAUUUUGGUAAUAAUAAUGGUAUUCAAAGAGAUCGAAUGAUGACCAAUCCUAAUCGACAUACCGUUCAUGUUUAUACUGAUAAUAAUAAUGAUUCCAAUUGCAAGAUAAGAUCCAAAUAUACCUUACUUGCUAAAGAUUUGAUAUCAAUAUUCCAAGGUUUACAUGGUAAACAUAUCAAUUUUCAAACUGAUUCAAAAUUUUCUGUAACUUUUGGACGAAAUGAUUUAUUUUAUUCGAAUGAAAUCUAUUUCGCCAAACGGUUAUCAGUAUUGGGACAGAAUUUUAAAACAAUCAAAACUUAUAGCCAAACAUCGAUGAAUACAACAUCGAAAGGUUUUGUUGUACAAAGUUUUGGUUCAGCAUUGAAUGAUGAGAUUAAUAAUUUCUACAAAUUAAUGACUUCCAUCCAAGCCAAUUUUCAUAAACCUGAACAAACAGUUACAUUACAUAAGCUUUGUUUUUGGACCACCGAAUCAUUCAUUUGUUUUGAAGCGUUAGUAAAUCUAAUUGGUAAAUGUCGUUCGAAAAAAGGUGGUGCCUUAAUCAGCAUUGUUUAUGAUAUAAUGCAUCAUGGUGAUCCAUUAGUUCGUGAAUGUUAUCGAAAAAUUUUAUCCAAAGUUGUUAAACCAAUUCGUAAAAUGCUCAAUCAUUGGAUCUUCUAUGGCGAACUGAAAGAUGAAUAUAAAGAAUUUUUUAUCAGCACAAAUGAUAAUGCCAAAAAUGUGAUUACAACAUCGUUGAGCGAUGUAUUCUGGUUUGAUCAAUACUCAAUCAAUAAUUCAAUGUUACCCGGAUUUAUAAACAAAGCUCAAGCAUAUAAAAUCCUAAUCACUGGUAAAGCUAUUUCAAUGUUACGUGAAGUUAGCAUGAAUCGUGUAUCAGCCGUAUUACCAUUAUAUGAUCAAUUGAAAAAUUCAUUUGAAAAUUCCAAUUUAGAAAUAUUAUUUGAUCAAAAAUAUAGCUCUGAAGCUAAUGAUUUUGCCGGACUUUUGGAUUAUGUUUACAAAGAAAUCAGUCAAACUGCAUUGAAUAUAUUGAAUGCUAAAUAUCAAUUGUAUGAACAUUUUAUUGCACAUAAACGCUUUCUUUUGUUUGAACAAGGUGAUUUCAUUAGUUAUCUGAUGGAAUUAUUGUAUCCAAUCAUAAAUCGACCUGCCAAUAAAAUACGGCCAUACACAUUAUCGCAAACAUUGGAAAAUGCUAUCCGAAAAACAAGUGCUCAAUGUUAUGAAUCAAGUGAUAUUUUAUCACGAAUCGAUAUCUAUUUUGAUCCGAAUUUUCCAAUGGAAAAUGCCUGGGAUAUUUUGACAUUAAAAUAUCGUAUCGAUGGACCAAUCGGAACAAUAUUCAAUCAACAAAGCCAAGUAAUUUAUACGAAAUUGUUUGCAUUGUUUUGGCGAAAUAAAACAAUUGAAUUUUCAUUGAAUAAAUGUUGGAUUGAUUUGAAAAAUAUUUCCACACAAUUACGAGUAGCAUCAUUUCUUCGUUUAUCAAGUAAUCAUUUUAAUUAUCUGCUCUAUCAGAUAUUAUCGUUUACCAAAACUAUUGAACAGUAUUUUAAUUAUCUACUUGAAAGUCGAUGGACACAGGUCAAAAAUGAACUAGAUCAACCAAGAAAUCUCAACAGAUUGAUCAAAGUUCAUCAUAUUUUCCUACAGAAUUUAGUGAGUAAAUUUUUUUUCGAAAAUCUUCUACGCCAAGAGAAUGCCAUCAAUAAAUUGAUAUUAUCGUUUAUUGAUAAACUUGAAUCAUUUAUAAAUGAUAUUGUACAUAAUAAUCAAAAUGUUGAAAAAUUUUGGGGCGAUCAAAUGGAUCAAUAUCGAAAAGAGAUUGAAGAAAAUUACAACUUUUGGCUGCAUAAUUUUUCUCGUAUGUUACACAAAGAGAUUUCAUUAUUUCUUGAAUUAUUGAUCGAUACCGAUGAAGAUGAUCAUCGUGAAUUGUGUUUCAGUAUCGAUUUCAAUAAAUAUUAUAAAAUGCAACAUGUUAUCAAUUGAUUCUCCUUAUCAUCAGCAUUUCAAUAAAAUUUGUUUAAAAUCACAAAAAGAUUUUU